CCAGAACCGUUUGGGAGGCGUAGUGGAGCAAAGGCAAAAGGGGAGCGGGGUAAAUGAAAACAUUUUACCUGGCCCUUUUUCGUGGGAUUUAGCAGCCAGCGAAAAUCGCCUGUCGCCACCCAGGGCAAUGUUCCGGAGGCAUUUUUGAUCUGUCGUCGAGGUAACCUUUCAUAAGAGGCUCCUUGCCCAAGUGAAGGAGAUUGUGGGCUUUGGAGCUUUUGCUCUCCCUCUGAGACGCCGACUGUCUUCCUCUGUCCAGCAUGACGGACGUGGUGAUCGUGAAGGAGGGAUGGCUCCACAAACGAGGAGAGUACAUAAAGACGUGGAGGCCGAGGUAUUUCUUGCUGAAGAACGACGGUACGUUUAUUGGUUAUAAAGAGCGGCCUCAGGACGUGGACCAGCUAGAGACACCGCUCAAUAACUUCUCUGUGGCACAAUGUCAGCUGAUGAAGACGGAGAGGCCGAAGCCCAACACAUUCAUCAUCCGCUGCCUCCAGUGGACCACUGUUAUCGAGCGCACGUUCCACGUGGAGACCCCAGAGGAACGGGAGGAAUGGACUAAAGCUAUCCAGGCUGUGGCUGACAGUCUGCAGAAACAGGAAGAGGAAAUGAUGGACUCUUCUCCUGAGCCCAUGGACAUGGAGAUGUAUCUAACCAAACCUCGGCACAAAGUGACUAUGCAUGACUUUGAAUACCUCAAACUCCUUGGGAAAGGCACUUUUGGCAAAGUCAUCCUGGUGAAGGAGAAGGCCACAGGAAAAUAUUAUGCCAUGAAAAUCCUUAAGAAGGAAGUAAUAGUAGCAAAGGAUGAAGUGGCUCACACACUUACUGAAAACCGCGUCCUCCAGAAUUCUAAGCAUCCUUUCUUAACGGGGCUGAAAUACUCGUUCCAAACACACGACCGCUUGUGCUUCGUCAUGGAGUACGCAAACGGAGGAGAGCUUUUCUUCCACUUGUCACGGGACCGGGUAUUCUCUGAAGACCGGGCACGCUUCUAUGGAGCAGAAAUCGUCUCUGCACUGGACUAUCUGCACUUGGAGAGGAACGUCGUUUACCGCGACCUGAAGCUGGAAAAUCUGAUGCUGGAUAAAGAUGGCCACAUAAAGAUCACUGACUUUGGGCUUUGUAAAGAGGGCAUAACGGACGGAGCCACUAUGAAGACCUUCUGCGGCACACCAGAGUAUCUGGCUCCUGAGGUACUGGAGGAUAACGAUUACGGCCGUGCUGUAGACUGGUGGGGCCUGGGCGUGGUUAUGUACGAGAUGAUGUGUGGCCGCCUGCCCUUCUAUAACCAGGACCACGAGCGCCUGUUUGAGCUCAUCCUAAUGGAGGACAUCCGCUUUCCCCGUACACUCGCCCCUGAGGCUAAAUCGCUGCUCUCUGGCCUUCUCAAGAAAGAUCCCAAACAGCGGUUAGGAGGUGGGCCUGACGACGCGAAAGAAAUCAUGCGGCACAAGUUUUUCGCUGGAAUCGUGUGGCAAGAUGUUUAUGAGAAAAAGCUGAUACCUCCGUUCAAGCCCCAGGUUACCUCAGAAACAGAUACAAGAUAUUUUGAUGAGGAAUUCACUGCACAGACCAUCACUAUCACACCACCGGGAGAAGAUGAAAACAUGGAGCCGUUCGACAGCGAGAGGAGACCCCACUUUCCCAAGUUCUCCUACUCAGCCAGUGGAACCUGUUAGACACCGCAUUCCCAUAUCAGCCUCCACGCCACUGAGUCCAGCACCCUCUGCUGGGUACUUCGGGUAGCUGAUGCUCUUUUGCACCACUGAUGAACGUCACAUUUCCCCCUAUAUUCACAACCUGGCCUAAGUGUAAAGGCAAGCCUUCUCCUGGAUUAUAUCCGCUUCAGAUUAGGAUCGCUUUACAUUUCAUAUUAUUGUGAACGAUAAAACUUCAACCUUCCAACUAUUAUUAUUUUCUGUCGUGACCUCCUACCAUCUGAUGAUUUUUAUUUUAAUACAGCGGAUGUAAGAAAGAAAACACACAGAGUACAUCAGCUCACAGGUUUUAUAGCACUUCAUAAACAGUCAGAUAUUUACAGAAGAUUUGAUGAAAUGCCAAAUAUACUUGUUUUACUUGUAUUUAAAAAAUAAAAAAAAAGAAGAAGAAGAAGACGACCAAUCGUUCGGACCAACUGAAAUGUUUGUACGUUUUUAUACACUGAAAGACUGAAUUCAAGAAAACGUUUUGGAAAAAAAAAGUGUAUCGCAGCAUUUCAAUUAAGCAGAACUUUGCCUAGCCUGUAUUAAUCAGUUCACUUCUAGAUGUAUGGACUGAAAUUGCUUUGCACCCCUUAACCACACACCCCACCACCCCCACCCCCAGCAGCCCUGGCUUUAGGCUACAAUUCCAGCCUGCAUUUAUAAUCAUUUGUACUAAAUGUGCAAUACUGUAGCAUAAUAAUAGAUUGAUUCUAGUACAGUGGUAAAGUUUGAAACGAAGCCAAUUCAGUCUUUAGGAACUGAUUUUCUUUUUUUUUUUUCUUCUUUUUUUUUUCUUUCAGUCCUCAAAGCAGUCAUGAGUUCUCAUUAUAAUAACUUAAACAAAAAAAAAUGCACCGAUACAUCAAACUCUUCAGGAUUGAACGUUAUCCCACAGGCCGUGUGUUUCAUAAUAAUCUUGUCUGGGUACUUUUCUUCCAGUCUGCAUUGUCUUUCUUUUUCCUACUUCCUGUUUUUGGUUGUUUUCUGUAUUAAGUGCAUUUUUGCAGUGCACAUUGCACAGCCUCAGUGAGGUACUACAGGUAGAACUACUCUAACAACUUUAAGGACUUUCUUACAAACUUUGGCUCCGAAACCAAGGGACCCGAGUGGCAGAACCAGCUUGCGACCUUUUGGACAUUUUUUUUUUUUUUUUUUUUUUUUUUUACACCUGGAUGUGUUCGAUAUUUAUAUAUUAAAAAACCAGCAGAUAGACUCUUCUCUGCUUCAGAUGUUGUAACGUUUGUACAUUUCGGCAUUACUCAUAUCAUAGAGGAGCUACAUGUAAAACCGAACACGCAAAGUUUACAAACUAAAGGCGUGGAGAGAAUUUGAGCUUGAUUAUUUGAUCGAUGAGUUCGAGUCAUUUCCAGUAACACACUCGCCCACGAUGUUUAUGGCUUUUACCAGCUUUGGCACUUAAAAUGCUGAUUUAGAAAGAAUGAAAUAAGCUCCAGUGAUACAUGGAUAUGAGUGUAAUUUAAUUUGAUUUAUGAAGUCUGUAACAAUGAAAGAAAAACAAAACCUUACCUGAAGCUCCUUUACGCUUGAAGGUGACACAAACAUCUAUUAAUCUAUUGCAAGGUGUAAAUACCAUGAAAUUGUUUUCAGAUACAAUCCAGUACAGUGCAUGUACAGAUACUGAAAUGAGACUUGUACAGUUAGAGAAUCUGUUAAGCUAAGGUCCAUGAACAUGUUUUUUUUUUUAAAGUGACUUCUUUUCGAAUCGUCACUCUAUUUAAGUGCAUUACUCUGAUCAGUGUUCAGAUUUCAUGUAGUAAUCAUCAGGCUAAACUCCAACAUGGGUAAAUGAAUGUAAAUGCUUUUUUCCCCCUCUCUGUCUUUUUUUUUUUCUUUCUUUCUGUUUGAAGAAGCGAUAAGAAAACUUUGUUGCAUAUAAAUGGUCUCAUACCGAGCAGGUGACCAGACAACAGAAAAGAAUGAAGCGUGUUUGUUUAUUUCAACCUUCUAACAUUCCACAUUGUGUAUUACGUAUAAAUCUUCUUAUUGCUUCUUUAAGGCCCAAUUGUUACAUAUGCAUACGUUUUCUCAUACUUUUUUUUUUUUUUUUUUUUGAAAUGGGGAGAUAUUUUGCUUUUCAGCUGCCUUUCCUCUACUCUCUAAGACACAAACUUUAGUAUACGAAUAAUAUAAACUUUGUACGCACAUCUGUUUAUAUGGCUUCAAUUUUUUCUGUGGAAUUGAGCAAAUAAAAAAAAAAAGUUUGGCUAAAA